AAGCCAAUUUUACCAGUCAGGAAGUACAGUAGGUCUACAGUGGCUGUCAACUAAUUCACGUGACGGAUGACGACAGCGGGAGAUCUAACUGCUCGAGAAAUACGUUUGAGAUAAACAACCAUCCUCAGGAGAAUAGCCCUAAUUUCUCCAAAGAGAUGUCGCAGGUUUAACUCGUUUAGAACAGCGUCAGUAAUCCAACUGCGGCGCAGAUCUUCCCCCCUCACCACACUAGACAGGUCAACGCGCGCAGCACAAUGUCAUUCAAGCAAUGAAUCCUGCGAAUUUCACUAGAACUGGAAGGAAAACAGAAGAAUAUAUAUUUGCGGUUGGUACUUACAAACUCCUUGCCUUUGCUAUCGGAACAAUUGGAGUCUUCGGAUUUUGCAACAAUAUUAUUGUCAUCAUGCUGUACUACAGAUUCAAGAGACUCCGGACGCCCACAAAUUUGUUAAUAGUAAACAUAAGUAUAAGUGACUUGUUGGUGUCUGUCAUUGGAAUUAACUUUACGUUUGUUUCGUGCAUCAAAGGCGGAUGGGACUGGAACUCGGCAACAUGCGUCUGGGACGGAUUCAGCAACAGCUUAUUUGGCAUCGUGUCCAUCAUGAGUCUCUCAGCUCUGGCCUACGAGCGCUACAUCCGGGUGGUCUAUGCUCAGGUGGUGGACUUCCCCUGGGCCUGGAGGUGCAUCACCCACAUCUGGCUCUACUCCCUGGCCUGGACAGGGGCCCCUCUCCUGGGUUGGAACCGCUACACUAUGGAGAUCCACCAGUUAGGCUGCUCCCUGGACUGGACAUCCAAGGACCCUAUCGAUGCCUCCUUCAUUCUCCUCUUUCUCCUGGCCUGCUUCUUUGUCCCUGUGGGCAUUAUGAUUUACUGCUAUAUGAACAUUCUCUACACGGUGCGAAUGCUCCGCUCCAUCCAGGACCUUCAGACAGUGCAGAUCAUUAAGAUCCUGCGCUAUGAGAAGAAGGUGGCUGUCAUGUUCUUGCUGAUGAUCUGCUGUUUCCUGGUGUGCUGGACACCAUAUGCCGUGGUGUCCAUGAUGGAAGCCUUUGGCAGGAAGAGCAUGGUCACCCCCGCCAUCGCCAUCAUCCCCUCCUUCUUCGCUAAAUCCAGCACGGCCUAUAACCCUCUCAUCUACAUGUUCAUGAGCAGAAAGUUCCGGCGCUGCUUGCUGCAGCUGCUGUGCUCCCAGCUCUCGUGGAUUCAGAGCAGCAUCAAGGACCGCCCCCUGGCCCGGAGCAUCGAACGGCCUAUUCGCCCAAUCGUCAUGUCCCACCGAAGAGGCGGGGAACGACCAAAGAAGAGGGUGACCUUCAGCUCCUCCUCCAUUGUCUUCAUCAUCGCCAGCAAUGACGUGCACCACCUGGACACCACCUCCAAGAGCGGCGGUAUGUCGUCAGAGGGCAUCCAAGUGCGGCCGCUGUGACAGAGAAUUAUGGGUACUGUAGUACAUCAUGCUACACCCAUGUCACCAUGGGAACUGACUAAUCACCUCAUAUCACCUGUUCCUCCGUAAACCUCAGAACUUCCUCUCAUGAAACACAGAACCCGGAAGUUUCAAAACACCCUUCUGACACAAGACUAUUGUUACUCUUUUUAGCCUUUUCGAGAUCCAUCACUAUAAACUGUAGAGACAUAUUCCCAACCCUCUUUCACUGUGCAUCAGAAGGAACAAACCCUUCCCUGGAAGUGUUCAAUGUACUGUAUUCAGACUGUCUCACCGUGAACGCUGUGAAACACUCCAUUCUACCAUCUAUCCGUCAGUUGUGGUAACCGAAUGAUGUAGCUGUGAGUUUGUGACCUAUUUCUCUUGUCUUGAACAGCCUUUGACAGUUAGUCUGAUGCUGAGCUGAGUGUUUUUAAACAGUACCUCCUGCGUCAUGACUGAGGCCAGCAGUGUUCAUGGAGAAAGUGAUGUUGAUUAUUACUAUUUCCCUGGUUGGCAGUGCUUAAUGAACUUAUAGGGAAAAGCCUUACAAUAUUGCAGCAGCAAAUUCUGCACAACACUCUCUCCGCCUUUGUCACGUCCAGAUACAUUAAAUAUAUCCUAUAUUCUGGGGUGAAAGUGGAUUUCAUUUCUUCCCGGUGCGGGGACCUCCUGUAUAUGUGCAUGCACUUCAUUUUUUUUUUUAUGGGCCUAUUCAUAGAAUUGCAUAUAUAAUCCCUAUUAUAAUUUAAUAGGAUCUCUAUGGGCCUAUUCAUAGAAUUACAUUAUAUAAUCCCUAUUCAUUUAAUAGGAUCUCUAUGGGCAUGGCCAGAUAGAAUUACAUAUAUAAUCCCUAUUCAUUUAAUAGGAUCUCUAUGGGCCUAAUAGUCCUGAUUUGUUCUUUAACUUUUAAAAUGUAUUAACCUACCUUUUAAUGUGGCAUAAACACAACCAGUCAUUAUGUUUUCAUCUGAUUGUCAAAGAAUUACUUCAAAAGGUUAAUGUAGGCUACCUGUGCAUGUUACCCAGGGACGGCAGAACGAUUUUUUGACAGGGGGUGCGGUAAAAAAUUCUGUUUAUGACUUCCGACAUUUGUUAGGCUAUUUGUUAGUCAACUUGUCUGUAAUUAGAUACAUGCAGGUUGUCUUCUGUCAUUACUUGACGCUCGUCUAGAAUACUAAAUAAAGCCUUGCUCACCAGAA